UAACGGUCAAAUACUAUGAACAGACAGCCAGCCAUGCAGCGACCUUGAACCAGCAGGCGCCGUGGGAUACUACUAGUGGUUUUGACACAGUGACAACCUUUUAGAAUAGUAUUCUGGUAUUUUUAACGGUUUUCUCCUCCUCUCACUGGCACUUGACACCUAUAUAUACCUCCCCAGACACAGAUAGACAUAUCUCACAACCAAAUUAAACAAAGCGAGCGAUUCUUAUCAUCAUUAUCCGAAUUUGUCAUGUCGAGCACUGUCGGUCAGGUUAUUAAGUGCAAAGCCGCGGUGGCAUGGGAGGCUGGGAAGCCGCUGGUGAUUGAAGAAGUGGAAGUGGCACCACCUCAGGCAAAUGAAGUCCGCGUGAAGAUCCUUUUCACCUCCCUUUGUCACACUGAUGUUUACUUUUGGGAAGCCAAGGGCCAGACACCGCUGUUUCCUCGCAUAUUUGGACAUGAAGCUGGAGGAAUUGUGGAGAGUGUAGGCGAGGGUGUUACUGAUCUCAAACCAGGAGACCAUGUCCUCCCUAUCUUCACUGGCGAGUGCAAGGAAUGUCGCCAUUGUAAAUCAGAGGAAAGUAAUAUGUGUGACCUCCUCAGGAUUAACACUGACAGGGGUGUUAUGCUUAGCGAUGGCAAGACGAGGUUCUCCAAAAAUGGGCAGCCAAUUUACCAUUUUGUUGGCACCUCUACAUUUAGUGAAUACACUGUUAUCCAUGUUGGCUGCCUUGCCAAGAUCAACCCUGCAGCCCCACUUGACAAAGUUUGUGUUCUUAGUUGCGGAAUAUCCACAGGUCUUGGUGCCACUUUGAAUGUUGCAAAACCCAAGAAGGGGCAAUCUGUGGCUGUCUUUGGACUGGGUGCCGUCGGCCUUGCUGCUGCUGAAGGGGCAAGGAUUGCUGGGGCUUCAAGAAUCAUUGGUAUUGAUCUGAACUCCAGUCGUUUCGAGGAAGCCAAGAAAUUUGGAGUCACUGAAUUUGUGAAUCCAAAAGAUCACGAUAAGCCUGUUCAAGAGGUGAUUGCUGAGAUGACUGAUGGAGGGGUGGAUAGGGCUGUUGAAUGUACUGGAAGCAUCCAGGCCAUGAUCUCAGCUUUUGAAUGCGUUCAUGAUGGUUGGGGUGUUGCAGUGCUUGUUGGAGUCCCAAAUAAAGACGACUUAUUCAAGACUCAUCCUAUGAACCUGCUGAACGAGAGGACUCUUAAGGGCACCUUCUUUGGCAACUACAAGCCCCGCACUGAUAUUCCUGGUGUCGUGGAAAAGUACAUGAACAAGGAGCUUGAAGUUGAGAAAUUUAUCACUCACUCAGUCACUUUCUCGGAGAUCAACAAAGCGUUCGAUUACAUGCUGCACGGGAAGUCUAUCCGUUGCAUUAUCAGCAUGGAUGCUUAAAACACCAGGCGUGAACUGACGCCUGAUGGAAUUCAAUAUGAUACUAGUAAAAAUGUUUAUGUUUUUGGGCAGAGAGAAGAAGAUGUUUUACUUGUCUGUGGUUUUGGCGAAUAUUACCCCAUAAAUAUAAAUUUACUUAUGUUUUUCCUUUGCA